UGUGGUGUGAAGUUAGUUACUUGGCGUUUGGUUGGAGGAAAAGAGCAGAAGGACAAAGAACGGUUAGAACUUGUUCGUUGUUGGAAAUUGCGGAGUGUAGUGUAAUUAGUUUUUUGAAACAAUGAUUUAAAGUGAUUUAUCAAAAUGAAUGUGAUUCGAGUGGAAAAUAGUAAAGUUAGACCUACUAGAGGUCGAGGUAGAGGAAGAGGAAGAGAUUGUCUCUACUGGAAUCCGGUUGCUGAUAGAAUGAUUAACAAUACUUUUGGUCAACCAAAAUAUCAAUCUUCAGUUAGCGAUGCUCGGGACACUCCUCGAGGUUUAUUUAAUACUCAGGCCUCUUCAAGUGUGAUUAGAACUCCUGUCAGUAAAGCACGAACAAUUCCUGGAAUUCCAACCUCGUCCUCAAAAAUCAGAAGUUCUGCUUCUACAAAUCCCCAAGCGACCUCUGCAUCUUCUGCCUUGGAUUCUACAGUCGUCAUGGCAAUAACAACGGGAAGAGGAGAUGCAAGAUGCGAAGUUGGUAUUGCCGCUAUAGAUGUUAAAUUCCCUCAUUUAAUUAUCAGUCAAAUUAGUGAUACUCAAACUUACUUGAAAACAUUGACGAAAAUUCAUUUAUUUAAUCCUGUCGAGAUUAUAAUGCCGGAUACAAUUUGUGGAGAAGAGGAUCCACGAAAAGCAUUAUAUAAUGCCAUUAAAUUGAGAUUUAAAGACAUUCAAAUCUCACCUGUUGGACGAGUGCAUUUUAACGAGGAGAAUGGAUUAGAACGCAUAAAAACCCAUUGCAGUAACGAAUUCUCCAGUAUUGAAUUAUUUGUCAAAGAGAAAUAUUAUGCUUUGUCUACAACCGCGGCUCUUUUAAAAUACGUAGAACAAAUUCAGCGUAUGGUUUACGAACCAAAAUCAAUGAAAAUCGAAUUUCAAGCAGCACAUGGUUCGACUUUGAUAGAUAUCGAGAGUGCAAUAAAUCUCGAAUUAGUUUCAAGUCAAGGUCCUCAUAAGCAUCACAAUCUUUUUGCAUCUCUCGAUAGAUGUGUGACUCCAAUGGGCAGACGAUUAUUACGUUCAUCACUUUUGCAGCCACUUUGCAAUCGAGAUGCAGUUUUAGAGAGACAAACAUGUGUCUCUGAACUCGUUAACAAUAGAAAUCUUCACACAACUCUUCAGCCAAUUGUGAAGCAACUUUUUGGUGCUGAUCGACUUCUGGGUCUUUCAAUGCGAACAACAUAUUUCAAAGAUACCGUUGAAUCUGCCGAGAAGAAAUUGAAUUACAUUUUAAUUUUGAAAACAUGUUUGGAUAUAAUCCCUCAACUUGCUGACGCUCUGGAAAAUGCAACAUCGGCAAAAUUUCUCAAAAUCCAAGAGAAUUUAAAAGAUCCACGAUUCGAGAAUAUGAAGCAGCAAAUUUUGCAAAUUGUUCAAAGCGAUGCAAAAUCAGUGAAUGGUUACACUUCGGCAAAUAUGCAAAGAUGUUUUGCUCUCAAAAGUGGAAUAAACGACAUGUUGGAUGUCGCGAGACAAAUGUAUUGUGAACUUAUGGAACAAACGUCAAUUUUAGUUGAAUCACUAGCAAAAGAACAUCAUCUUCCAUUAAUAGUCGCUUGUAACGCCUCCUUGGGUUAUCACAUUCAAAUGCAAGUACCCAAGGAUCCAAUUUUUAAAGUCUCGGAUUUGCCCUGCGUUUUUAUAGAGGUUCAAAAAAAGCGGAGCACUCUCUUCAUGACAACGUAUUUAUUAAUGUCAUUAAGCCAACAAUGUAAAGAGGCACGUAAUGAUUUACACAUCAUGAGUAGCUGCAUUCUCGAAGCUUUAAUAUCUAGUUUGAGACAAGAAGUCGGUUGCUUAUUUAAACUUAGUGAGGACAUUGCAGAAUUGGAUUUAAUUAUGUCGCUCGCGAGAAUUAGUGGAAUUCCUGAUUUUGUGAAACCAAAAUUUGCACAAAAGUUGCUAAUAAUUGAUUCGAAACAUCCUAUUGUGGAUCUUCAUGCUACUCAACUUCCGAGACCGAAUGAUAUCGAAGCUUCGAUUGCCUAUAAUUUUUGCAACAUAACUGGACCAAAUAUGAGUGGAAAAACAACUUAUCUGAAACAAAUUGUACUUUUGCAAAUCAUGGCUCAGAUUGGCUGCUAUUUGCCAGCGAAGGAAGCCACUUUACGAAUCGCAGACAGAAUUUUCUGCAGACUGUGCCCUACAUACGAGGACAUUGAAAGCAACGCAUCUUCUUUCAUUCAAGAGAUAAGGGAAGUCGAGUACAUUUUACAAUUCAUCACUCCAUCGUCGUUGAUUGUUCUGGACGAGAUUUGUAGAAGCACGAAUAGUGAGGAAGGUGCGCCCCUAGCUUUUGCAAUUUGCGAGUCACUUCUCCAAACAACCGCUUUCAUUUUUAAUUGCACGCACUAUCUUUACUUGACGAAAUUAACAGAACUUUAUCACAAUGCUGUUAAUUACUACUUCGUGUGCGAACCAAACGAAUUGGACAGAUGGGGACUAAAUUACACCUACAAAUUGAGAAAAGGAAUUACAAAUGUCGAAAAUUAUGGAAUUUCUGCUGCAUCUGCUUCUCGUUUGCCGAAAUCCAUUGUUGAUAAUGCUAAAAAAAUUGUCAUCGAAAUUGCUCCGCACUUUAAGCCCGCUCCACUCGUUAAAGCACCGAAACUCUCAUGGGAAAAGGAUUGUUACGAGUGCAUUGACAAAUUUUUGGACUUAAUCAUCUCGAAUGACUUUACUCACGAGAAUAUACAAAAAGUCAUUGAACCUUUGCGCGGCAAUAAGAAUUUGAAAAUUUCCAAGGACAAUGCACUUUUAUGCAAUGUUUUGCAGAAGAAUUUCCAAAAACAAGUGCCCGAUUACAAUCAAAGCAGCACUGUAAAUUCUCAAAAUAAUGCCUCCAGUGUUUCGAAAACUGAUAUUGAAAAUUCAAAUGGUAAAAAUUGGAAUAGUGUUGUUGUUUCCGACAGGGAAAUAUUUAAUUUCCAUCAAGAGGUUCAAGUGUCAAAUGUUCCGAAAAAUUACGAACGAAGAGUUCCAACAAUUGAGAUGAAUUUUGCCGGCUCGAAAUCAGUCGAGAAUGAUUUUUCCUUCAAAGUUCCCGACAGUCCGAUAAUUAGGAAUAAGAAGUCAAUUAAAACAAUUCAGAGCAACCUGGAUCAAAAUUCGGAUGCUGAGUUUGAAAUAUUCAAACAAUUCCAAACAGUCGACAAAUCUCUUGACGAUAAGAAAAGUCGCACUUUGUACGAUUUUGGCUUUUCGAAGCAAAGAAAGGAUUUUCAAAAAUCUCCCGUCAAGGGAAUUAGAAAUUUUAAACUGCAGUCUCAGUCAAAUUUGUUGACGGAAAAAAGUUCCAGUAAUUUAUCCUCGUAUUCAAGACGUUCAAAAACGAGUGACGACUUUAAUCAAGAGGAAACUUCGGGAAAUUCUCUAACGAUCAACAUCUCCAGUUCGAAUACGCCGAAAAAUGAUGACAAAUCCUUGAGUAAUUCUUUAAAGAGAACUCGACAGUCUGAGGAGGAGGAAGUCUACGGAUCGCCAAACAAAAGAGGAAAUUUUGACAAAUCAAGAAAUUAUGAGAGAGAAAAUAAUUCUGUGAGAUCAUCGUCAUCAUCUCGGGAAAAGAGAUCAAGUACCGAUCGACAGGACAAUUUCGAAUACAAUUAUCGUUCGGAUAACGAUAAGAAGGAUGUCAUUAGAAGAAAAUCUCCAGCGACAAGUUUUUCGACCUUCAGUCCUCGAAGUUCAAUUCAUCCUAGCAAUUUUCACGAAAAUAAUUUACUCUCUGAUGAAGAAAUUUCUUGUGGAUCGCAAUCGCAAAAAACAAGUUUCUCAAUAUUGACACCGACUCAAAGUUUACUCGAAAGACAAUUAGGAAACGAAAAUAAUUUAUCUUUUGAAAUUAACUCCCGCGGUAGUAUUUUCGAAAAGACGCAACAAUCUAUUGUGAACAGUGUGUCUUCGAAAGCGAGUAUUUUAAAUUUUACACCUUCGAAAACUUCCCGUCAGAGCGAGAAUAUCAGCGAAAGACUUGCCAGAAAUGAAUCAUUCAGUCAAGAUAAUAUUUCCCGAAGAUCAAAUUCUCAAGCGCCGAGUCUUUCGAUUUUCACUUCCGACCCGAUUUCUAUUCACGGAGAAAAUUACCAAUCGGGGAAAGUUCACAAAGAUUUCAGUCCUUCGCGAAUUUCCCAACAAUCUCAAAAUACUGAUUUUUUCUCCGAUGACAGUAUUUCUUCUCAUUCUUAUUUAUCGCCGAGUUAUAGUCCUCAAAUGAAACGACAGGAAAUUGCUGACAAAAAGGACGAAGAUUCAAAAAAUUUCAAUUUCUCGAAAAAUGAAAAAUCGACUAAUUUCCGAAAUUCGCAAAAUGAAAUGAAAAACAGUCCUUUCGAGAGUAAACCAAGUUCUUCAGAAUGGAAAAGAAAAGUUCAAAGCAGUCCUUUCGGGAGUGAAUCGAAAAUUUCCUCAAGUCCUCCCCAAUGGAAGAAAAAAUUCCAAAACAAUUCUUUCGAAACUAAAUCGAACAUUUCCUCAAAUUCUUCACUAUGGAGGAAAAAGUUUCAACAAACUCCGAGUGAGGAGAAAAUUUCAAGCCAGAAAUCUCAAGCUAAAAAUCCGAUUAUCCAGAUAUUUAAUAAAAAUUCAUCCAGCCAGGAAAUAAAAAGUCCAUAUAGAAGCGCUUCGCAAAAAGAUAAUUAUCCUCAUCGGGAAUUUCAACAACAGCGUUCAAUCGGUUUGAAUCUUUUCCAAUUUUCCAAAUCACAACCAGGAAUAAAGAAACCACCGAUUUUUAAAUCACAAUCCGCCGCAUGGAAACCGGAGGAUAUGGAAUAUUUCAAAAGAUCCCUAUCACAAAGCCCAAGUAUCACUUUCUCGGAAAAAUCGUCAAUUACCGAUGAAAUCGAAUCCGAGGGUUUAUUACCAAAAAAACCAAAGUAUGACAUUAAUUUGAAAAAUUUGGAAAUUAAUCCCGACGAUUCAAUGCAAAACGAUUCAUUGUCUUCGUUUAAUACAGAAAAUUUGUCGCCAAGUUUAAUAAUGACACCGAUAAAAAGUCAACUUCUCUCUCUCGCUACGAGAAUUUCGUUAAAAAAUCCAGAAAUUUCUGCUAAGAAUUCAUCGCAAUUUGUAAAGUCAAAUGAUGGACAAUACGUUUCUUCUAAUUUUGCGCAUAACGGAGAAAAUUUUUCAGGAAAGAAUUCAUCUCAACAUUCAAAGUCAAAUGAAGGGAAAUACGUUUCUUCUAAAUUUACGCAUAAGGGAGAAAAUUUUCCAGGGAAAAAUUCACCGCAACAAUCAAAGUCAAAUAAAGGAAAAUAUCCGUCUUCUGAUUUUGCCCGUAAAGGAGCUGAUGAUUUUAGGAAAAAAAUCGAGAUUAUAGAUCAAAUUUCUUUGAAUAGUGAUGAUGAUAGUGAGGAUAAAAAAAUUUCACUAUUCGAAUCUAUUAUUGAUGAGAAUACAAUAGAAUUCGAUGAGAUUUGUCAAGAAGAAACGAAUAAAAGCGAAGUUUAUGUUAUUUCUUCGGAAGAUUCAAUUGAAGCGUCGACUAAUAUUCGUCGUAAGGAAGACGCAAUUUUUCAGGAAAUAGAAGACAAUGCUAAUGAUGAGGAAAUGUUUCUGCGACGAUUGUUCGAAAGUCCCCUAUCGAUGCCAUAUUCAGAGGAACUUUGCUCCUGCAGUCAAUCAUCUAAUUGAGUAAGCAAAUUGUUUAUUCAUUUUUAAGUUCUCUUUUUAUCGUUCAAUGUAAUUUUAUAUUUAAUU